AUGGCGCGCUCCUCGGAUGCGACUCCGAGCUUGUCCUCGUUCCUACGCAGCGUGUCGAACGAAAAGGUCGAAACUUCAAUAGAAUACUUCAUCGCCCUGGUCAAGCGACGGCAGAUCUCAGGCUCCAAACCCUGUGCUCUCGCAACAGCGUGCAUCCUCCGUCGAGUCAUUGCCACCGGCCGCGUGUCCGACCCUGCCAAACUCAUCGAGAAAGUGCGCGAUGUUGGAAGGAGGCUGGUACAGGCCAACCCGCGCGAGCUAGCCAUUGGCAACAUCGUCCGCCGCGUGUUAGGCUUGAUUCGAGACGAGGAAGAUGAGCAGAGGAUCGCCGACGAGAGUGCAACCAGCAGCCAGCCCACCUCCGAACCUGCCACACCCCGUACUGAAUUCCCCUCCGCCAUUCCCACCGCAUUGCCCUCCGCUGCUAUUGCUCCUCCACGACAGACCCCAGCCAUGGAGCGACCACCCUUGCUCACCUCUCACACUGGCGCCCCAGUCCCCACCCGUCCAGUCACGUCAAUGUUCAGUAUCAUCUCGCACCCCACCAUGAGAGCCUCAGGCACAUCGUCACCCACCAGCACUCAAACACCGCCGAAUGCCCUCUCUGCAACACCAGUGGAUCUCCGUGCUGAGGUCCUCGAAGGCAUCUCCGAACUGAUCGAUGAGCUGGAUCAGGCCGAUGAACAAAUUGCCAAUUACUCGCUCGACCACAUUGCACCCUCAGAAACCAUCUUCACCUACUCGUCAUCCCUCACCGUGCAGCGCUUCCUCCUCAAAGCCGCUUCAAAACGGAAGAACUUUACCGUCAUACAUGCCGAGGGCUACCCCAACAACCACCGCCAAACCCAUGCUCUUGUCACUGGCAACCGCACGUCGAUCUCGGACGACGAAUCAGAGGUCGAUAUGGGCAUCGAUGCUUUCCAGCAGCCUUUAAUCAAGGCGGGUGUCCAGGUCAUCUUAGUGCCCGACUCGGCCAUCUUUGCUCUGCUACCUCGCUGUUCAAAAUGCCUUCUCUCCGCAUCCGCUGUCAUGGCCAACGGCGCAUUUAUCGCUACUUCGGGUACCAAAGCCGUGGUCAAAGCUGCCCGGCUACACCGAGUGCCCGUGAUCGUGCUUGCCGCCACCUACAAGCUCUCUCCACAAUAUCCUUAUGAUUCACACGAGCUGGUCGAGUAUGGAGAUGCUGGCAAGGUGAUCGAGUCUCAAGGUGGGGAGCUACGUAACGGUCUCAGCGACCUUCGCAAUCCCCUUACCGACAUCGUAGAAGGCGCCAACGGCGAGGUCGAGCUCUUCAUCACCAAUGUCGGCGGCGUGGCAGGCUCAGGCGUCUACCGCGUAGUCAAAGACCAGUACCGCGACGAAGACCUGAUGAUCUGA